CAAGAGCCAGUGGGAGGCGGUGGAGUGAUGCGCAAAGACGCGCUCGUGCCAGCGUAAAAACUGUGACUUCCUACAUCUCGGCUAGACUGCAAAAUGAAAUGAAUUCAGCAUCUGCCUGGGACUCAUGCUCCUAUUUUUCCUCUCCCGCGGAGAUGUCUGCAUGUUACAGGGACCUAAGCGGAGGAGCAAGUAACUUUGCCAAUAUGCCCUAUUGGACAUUGCCAUUACACACAGGAGAGACCUAUGGAAUAUAGUCAGUCCACUCAGCCGGUGAAAAACAAACUUUUCGUGUUCUGCAUCAUGCUGUCACUGUGGGUGUACAUGCUGUACUGCUGCGUGGGCUACUGCGCCACCACACCGAGCUUCAUGAUGGAAGAAAGGAGCAGUAGGAAUCCACUCAAACCCCUCCAGAAACAAGCCCUGGAGAUGUUCCUCAAAAGCCAGUCCAGGGACUUACUAAACAACGAGAGUGAUGCUGACAGCAGAGGAGACGGCUGGGAGGAAAACAAGGGCGAUGUUGCUUAUGACGAGGACUCGGGAGUAGCAGGUGCCCUGAACGGCUCCGAGACUAAAAAGUUGCCCCAAGCGAUUAUAAUAGGGGUGAAGAAGGGCGGGACGCGCGCGCUGCUCGAGUUUCUGCGCCUCCAUCCUGAUAUCCGCGCGGUGGGAGCGGAGCCGCACUUUUUUGAUCGCAACUACGAGAAAGGACUCGAGUGGUACAGGGAACUAAUGCCCAAAACCGAGGAGGGUCAGCUGACCAUGGAGAAGACACCAAGCUACUUUGUAACCAAGGAGGUCCCAGGCCGGAUCCACGCCAUGUCCAAGGACACUAAGCUGAUAGUUGUGGUUAGAGACCCAGUAACCCGGGCGAUCUCGGACUACACGCAGACCCGCUCAAAGAAACCCGACAUCCCGUCCUUUGAGAGCUUGACUUUCAAAAACAUCACAGCCAAUCUAAUAGACACCUCGUGGAGCGCGGUGCAGAUCGGCAUGUACGCCAGGCAUCUGGAGCAGUGGCUGCAGUUCUUCCCCAUGAGCCAGCUGUUGUUUGUGAGCGGGGAGCGUCUGAUCAGCGACCCGGCCGGGGAAAUGGCCCGCGUGCAGCACUUCCUGGGCCUGAGGAGGGAGGUCACGCACAAACACUUUCACUUUAACCCCGCCAAGGGCUUCCCUUGCCUCAAAAGACCUGAAAGCAACAGCAGACCCCACUGCCUCGGCAAAACUAAAGGCCGCACGCAUCCAAACAUCCAUCCUGAUGUGAUUCAAAGACUGCGAGAGUUUUACAAGCCAUUCAACAAAAAGUUCUACCACAUGACCGGCCAUGACUUUGGCUGGGACUGAUUUUUAUUCGUUUUUUGUUAAGACAUUUUUGGAAAAGAAUUAAUUGUAAAAAAGUAUAGAACUCUAUUUUAUAAUAAUUUAUUGAAAAUAAUAUACUCACUCGGCUGCCUAUCUGUUUUUGUACGUCCUGGGAGUUUUCUACUUCUUUUACAUUCCGGUCAAAUCUGCAAGCUUGAUAUUUUGUCUUUUCUAAUGGGAAAAAAAUAAUAAAAAUUGAUGUAGGAAUUUAGGAGAGGGGAUGUUUGACAAAGGAAAAUAGCACAAUUAAACUAAUUACGGGUAUAUGAUUUUUUUUUUUUUUUUUUUUUUUUGAUGAUGAUGAUGAUGAUUUCAGCAUGUCUUAAUUUUAAAGGGCCAUUAUUUCAUCUAAGCUGUUCCAAAGACACUUUUUGUGGAUCAGAACUCUUAAAGCUAGACAAAUUGUCAAUAAUGGUCAAUAAAAAAUGAUGCUUAUUUAGGAAAAAGGAAUGUUCUACAUCAACAUUACUGUACAUGGGAAGUCUGUGAAGACGGAUUUGAACUAUGUUUGAUUCUCUGUUACAAAAGUCUGAGACUGUAUUUAUAAUUCUCAAGAAGAGAAAGGCAACACAACGCAGCUCGACAGAAAUUUUCACACCUCUGUCUAUAUAAUGACUUCAUGUUACUGUAAGAUUUUGCAUAAAACUUGUCAUAAAAUGUUUUUCUUAAAAAAGAAAAAAUCUAAAGGGCCUUUUCAGUAUGAAUAUGAAAUGGAGGAGUUCAGUUAACUCAUUUCAUACCUUACAGGAAUUGCAAAAAUGGAAAGUGACAUUUCCCUGGGCAUGAUUUUUAUUCAUAUCUGCAUCAAAGGUUGAGUUUUAUUCAACCCUUAUUGUGUACUUUCAAAUGCUGUUGCUUUUAUAAUGAAUCAGAUGAAAAUGUGUUCAAAAUGACUGUACGCUUGUUUCUAUCCAACUUCAGACCAAACAGUUCUGUCAGAGGUACGAGACACUGAGUAUUUCUGUGCUGUGAAGAAAUAAACCUAUUUUUACCAGAGCAUAA